AUGUUUCACAAAGCAUUUUCGAUACCAAAUGACCCACCGCCUACCUUCCCGAUCCUCUCCGAUCUCCACCUCGAAGUAAACCACCAAUAUUCAUCCUACGAUUUUCCAAUUUGCGCAACCCAUCUCAUCCUCGCCGGAGAUGUCGGGCUCUUCCUCGUUCUUGGAAACCAUGAGUUCUACGGCGAAUCUUUUACCGAAGGAAUCGAAAGAGCCAGGAACCUCGAGCGGGAAUCCUGCUUCCAUGGUCGCUUAUUACUUCUCCAUCAAAGACCGUACGACAUACCGCGAUCCAACAUUACCGUGCUAGGCUGUACCCUCUGGUCUGAUGUCCCGCCCCAAGCACAGGAGAUUGUACAAGCGAAGAUUCGAGAUUUUCGGAAAGUAAGAGGCUGGACGGUCGAUGAUCAUAAUGUCGCUCGUGAUUAUGAAGGAUCGCGCCUGGUUACUGGGGGAGAUCCGGCUAAGACGCAGACUCAGCAGCGCGAGGUUCUUGUUGUUACUCAUCAUGCGCCUUCUCUCCAGGGAACGUCGAUCUGGGUGUUUGGACAUACGCACUAUACUACCGAGUUCAUGGAGGGGGGUGUACGGGUGGUGAGUAACCAGCGCGGGUAUGUGCUGCCUGGGAGUGAAUCCAGGACUAUAAAAGAUGGCUUCGAUGCCAGGAAGGCUAUACGGAUGUCGUGA